GUUAAUACGCUUGCGCUAGCACGGCCCGAGGGGAGAAUCACGUGAGGCCGCUGUCCACCGAACAGUCGGGCGGCGAGGUUCCUCACCCGGGCCGCUAGGAGUAAGGGACCGACUACUAAUAGCAACCCAGGUGGCCCCUUCCCUCGCUGGUUUUAGGGAGUGUUUACACCGCCCGGGCAGCAGCAUCCGGGGGUUUGACCGGAAACUCCCUCUUUCUUCAGGUGGCCUAGGAGCCGGCGCGCGGCUCGGGGUCGCGACGCCCAGCCUGGAGUCAUGGCGCGGUGCGGGGCGGGCGGCGCGGGCCCUCGGGGCCCCCCGGGGGCCUGCAAGAAGGGGGUGGCCGAGCGUCGCCGGCUUCGGGCCAAGGUGUCGGAGCAGCUGAGCCAAGAUCUCCUUAGAUUGUUAGCUGUCACCGGUGACGCAGCGCGUGCCCCUCACCUCGCGUCGACGCCAUUCAGACCGGAACCUAAAGGAGCCGAGGCCCCGAGAGAGGACCUGUGUGCUGGAGCCUCUCGUCUCGCUACCGGCGGCCCUCGCCUCGUGCGGCUGCAGGGCAGGCGGGGUCCUACGUUGUUCAAAGCUCACAAAGCUGUGCUUUUAGCAAGAGUUCCAGACUUCUAUUUUCACACUAUUGGAAAAACAUUAAAUAAGGGGGAGAACCAUGUUCCUGUUGCUGUGGAAAACUUCGAACCUUCAGAAUUUAGGACAUUUUUACAGAUACGUGAAACAGGAUGGAUAAUGGAGAAAAAGGAGAACUACUCAAUUCUGUUUUCUUUGCAAAGGUGAAAAACCUUUACAAUGAGAAGUAUAGGACAAAAAUGGUUAAAGUGGUUACGGAGUCUAGAAAGCCAAGAAAAGGUGGUGAGAAGGCAGCCCUCAGUGACUUAAGGUUCCCCAGGUGCAGACAAGCUGUAGCCUAGGGUACUGAAAGAAGAGGUCAGUAUGAUUAGACAGUCAUCUUUCAAAGAUUGUGGACAUUGGAGAGGUGUCUCAGGACUGAAGAAAGGGAAAUGUUUUUCUGAUUUUAGAAGCAGGGAAGAGUGAGUCUGAAACAAAAGAACUUGCCUCUUCUUCUAGGCAACGUUUUAGAAUGUAUCAUUAAAGGAAGGGUUUUUGGGUGGUCAGAGCUUGCCGCUGGACCCAGGUGGCUCCGGAGGAGAGAGUGAUGCUGGUGACUGCACAGCCCUACCUCCCUUAAAU